GUGGCCAGGGCGGAAGGACGCUCCGGCCGGGCGGAGGUUACCCCGCGUCUCUCGGUUGCUAGGAGCCGGGCUUCCACCAGCCGGGCAGAAGUUCUGCGGCUUCUUCUUCGCCUCGCUUUCUCCGCUCCUGCUGCUCCCGGCCGAGCCGUGAUGGCGGACCCGGAGGCUGAGGUCCUGCGCAGCACCUUUCCCUCCUACAUGGCGGAGGGCGAGAGGCUCUAUCUGUGCGGAGAGUUCGCGAAGGCCGCCCAGAGCUUCAGCAACGCUCUUCACCUUCAGACGGGAGACAAAAACUGCCUGGUGGCCCGCUCCAAGUGCUACCUAAAGAUGGGGGACCUGGGGAAUUCCCUGAAGGAUGCUGAGGCCUCACUCCAGGGUGACCCGACUUUCUGCAAGGGCAUCUUGCAAAAGGCGGAGACGCUGUACACUAUGGGGGAUUUCGAGUUCGCCCUGGUCUUCUACCAUCGAGGCUACAAGCUGCGGCCCGACCGGGAAUUCAAAGUGGGGAUUCAAAAAGCGCAGGAAGCCAUCAACAACUCAGUGGGAAGUCCUUCCUCAGUUAAGCUGGAGAACAGAGGCGACCUUGCUUUCCUGAGCAAGCAGGCAGAGAGCCUGAAAGCCCAGCAGCAGCCCCAGCCCAGGAAGCAGGCGCUGCACCACGUGCAGAGGGAGGCGAAGCCGAAGGGCUCACUCAAGAGCGAGAAGACAGUGCGCCAGCUGCUGGGCGAGCUCUACGUGGACAGGGACUACCUGGAGAAGCUGCUGCUGGACGAAGACCUCAUCCGGGGCACCAUCCGGAGCGGCGUGACGGUGGAGGACCUCAUCCUGACCGGCAUCAACUACCUGGACACCCGCAGCAGCUUCUGGCAGCAGCAGAAGCCGAUCUACGCCCGCGAGCGCGACCGGAAGCUGAUGAGGGACCGGUGGCUGCGAGACCGCGGGCGGACCCCAGCGCAGACCGCGCACUACGUGCUCAAGAGCCUGGAGGACAUCGACAUGCUGCUGAGCAGCGGCAGCGCCGAGAGCAGCCUGCAAAAGGCGGAGAAAGUGCUGAAGAAGGUGCUGGACUGGGGCCGCGACGAGGUGCCCAACAGGGAUGAGCUGCUGGGCAGCCUGCACAGCUGCAUCGGGAAUGCGCAGCUGGAGCUGGGGCACACGGUGGCCGCGCUGCAGAGCCACCGCCGCGACCUGGAGAUCGCUCAGGAGCACAACCUCCCUGACGCAAAAUCCAGGGCCCUGGACAACAUCGGCAGGGUCUUCGCCCGCAUCGGGAAAUUCCAGCAGGCUAUCGACACGUGGGAGGAGAAGAUCCCCCUGGCCAAGACUGCGCUGGAGAAGACCUGGCUGCUGCACGAGAUCGGGCGCUGCUACCUGGAGCUGGACCAGGCCCUGCAGGCCCAGUACUAUGGCGAGAGGUCACUGCAGUAUGCUGAGGAGGAGGGCGACGUCGAGUGGCAGCUGAACGCCAGUGUCCUGGUGGCGCAGGCGCAAGGCCUUGGAUGAUGCCAACAAGGGCGUCAUUGAAGAGCUGAAGAAAACCAGCUUCAGGGAGACAUUAAAAGACACAGGUGAGGUCCUGGACCAAGAGGGACAGUGAAGCCGCCUUCUCUCCUGCAGUGCUGGCCAGAGGACACUGCCCACUGAGCCGCUCUCUGCCACCUCUUCCUCCAGUUUUUGUUUUUGUUUUUUUAGA